AUGCUGAAAACUUACGCGGACGCAUGUAACCUUAACGAGGCGAAGCGACUGUUUGCGAUUAUGCCAGAGCGAAGCUCAAUUACCUGGAGCGUGAUACUUCAAGCAUUUGCACAGUUUGGGCAUGUACAAGAUGGCGAGAGUUUGUUUCAGAUCAUGCGAGAAACCACACUCGACGAUCCCAGUUUCUCGUCAGCCUGGACCAACAUGAUUGUCUUAUACGCCGUUCACUCCAAGACCGACAAAGCUCGAGCAGUGUUUGAUGCUUUGGCGUGCCUGGACAUGGCCUCCUGGAACACCUUUAUGCACAGGAAGGCCAAGGACAACUACGACACAAUGCCGGUGGGGCUCAUCACCGUGAUCUUGGCGCUCGCACAGAGAACAACCUUUGGGCGAUUUGAAAAGAAGCAGGAGGUCUGGAGCUCGAUCAUUGCGGCCUAUGUCUUUAACGGACGCAUGAGCGAGGCACUGGAUCUCUUUCGAGAGAUGAUCUUGCUGGCUUUCAAGCCUGACGAGACCAUCUUCACGACAAUUCUAGCAGCAGCAGCGAGCCAGCUCGAGCAGUGUUGCUGA